GUGUACAUCGGGGAGCUCCCGCAGGACUUCCUCCGCAUCGCGCCCACGCAGCAGCAGCAGCAGGUGCAGCUGGACGCGCAGGCGGCCCAGCAGCUGCAGUACGGUGGGGCCCUGGGCACGGUGGACCGCCUCAAUAUCACCGUGGUGCAGGCCAAGUUGGCAAAGAAUUAUGGCAUGACCCGCAUGGACCCGUACUGCCGGCUGCGCCUGGGCUACGCCGUGUACGAGACGCCCACGGCCCACAACGGCGCCAAGAACCCGCGCUGGAAUAAGGUCAUCCACUGCACCGUGCCGCCCGGCGUGGACUCCUUCUACCUGGAGAUCUUCGACGAGCGAGCCUUCUCCAUGGACGAUCGCAUCGCCUGGACGCACAUCACGCUGUCCGAGGCGCUGCGGCAGGGCGAGGUGGAGGACAAGUGGUACUGCCUGAGUGGGCGGCAGGGCGACGACAAGGAGGGCAUGAUCAACCUGGUCAUGUCCUACUCGUCCCUGCCGGCCACCAUGAUGAUGCCGCCUCAGCCCGUGGUCCUGAUGCCCACCGUGUACCAGCAGGGCGUCGGCUACGUGCCCAUCACAGGAAUGCCCGCCGUGUGCAGCCCUGGCAUGGUGCCCAUGGCCUUGCCCCCAGCGGCUGUGAGCGCCCCGCCCCGCUGUAACGAGGAGGACCUGAGGGCCAUCCAGGACAUGUUCCCCAACAUGGACCGUGAGGUGAUCCGCUCUGUGCUGGAGGCCCAGCGAGGGAACAAGGAUGCGGCCGUCAACUCCCUGCUGCAGAUGGGUGAGGAGUCCUAGACUCCCGCCGCCUGCGCCCUCGCCGCCACACCGCUCCAGCCCUUUGGACCUGCCACCGGGGCGCCCGGGCCCUGUCCCAACGAGAUCCCUGUGUCCCCUCCUCAGUGUCCCGUCACCAGUCCGCCUGUUGGGGAUGCAGGUGGGUUUGGGUUCCGGCAGCUGCUCUGGACUGCCAGCGGGGUGGCCAUGGGGGCCUCCCUCCUCCCUCUGUGGGGGUGAGCGGCACGUGGCCGUGUCCGUGUGCACACUCGCCUCUGCUGGGGACGCGCCACCCAGUGCUCCGAGCUGCUCCUCCCGAGAGGGCUCUUGCGGGAGCAGCCUGCCUCACGAGGCCUGGGGGAGGCCGAGGGCCCUUCUGGUUGGUUCCUGGCGCGUAGUCCGGCCACUUACGGGGCUAGACCUCCUUCCUUAGGUUCGCAGGCCACUGGCAGCUGCUUGGGGUUUAGAACUUGCCAACUGAAAACUCCCACCCUCCCUCCGUGGGCUUCGUGGCCUGGCUGCUCCCCGGUGGCCUGGGCCGGUGUGGCUUGGCCCGGCCUCAGCCACGGUGUCAGCCUGACUGUCCAGCCCGCCGGCCCCCGUCAGCCCUCGCGGUGGCCGGAGGGGCUGUCCUAGCUCAGAGGAUCCCUGGUCUCCGCCUGCUGUUCGUCAGCUCUGGGGAGUGCCAUGCUGAGGGGCGGCUUCUCCUCUCCUUGAUCGGCUCUCGUGCCAGAGCCUGAACUCGGGGUAACAAGGAAUAGACCUAGUGCUUCGCUAAUGGGAGGGAGGGCGCUGGGACCUGCUGGCUCCCACUGACACUCAUUCAGUGAGCAUGUGCCGGGUCUGAGGAUGCGUGUGGAGGGUGGAGACAGUGCCAAAGUCCCCUGGAGCCCAGUGUGCAUGUGCGACCUGCACCCUGGCCCGGUGCUGGCCACGGCCACAGCCUGGGGACCGGGUGGGCGACGCCUAGUGAACCGAGGCGCUCCUCAGAAAUGACGCAGUCUGAGUCACACCCGUGGGUGAACGCGUGCGUCCUCGGGUGGGGGUGGGUUCGCAGUAAGCUGCAGUCACCGUCCUUUCUCCAGCCGUUGCCUGGCCUGGGGCCUCAGCUCUUUCUGAUUCAGGGUCGGACCGUCCUGGCAGCCGGAGGCUGGUGGCUGGGCAGGAGAAAGCGAGGGCUGUUAGGGCUCCUCCUCCAACCGGCGGGCUGCACCCGAGACGGCCUCCUCAGGGCUGCGCGUGGUCGGGUGCACUGCACACCUGUCCUGUGAGCCUGAGGGUGUGCCGCGGGGUGGCCAGGGCCUGGGGGGCUCGGACCACUUGCUUGGUGAGCGCGGCCUUGUCGUGACCUCGUCGUCCUGCCAUUGACACGUUUCAGCAGCUUGGCCUUGUGCCUCAAGGCCGACUCCUCAGCGUCGAAAGCGUCGGGCAGGCCUGUGGGCCUGGGGUUUGAGUGGUGGCCUGAGCGGGCCUGGCAGCUCCCCAUUCCAGGGAGGCGUGUGGGACCCCUGGGAGCCCUCAGCCCCGGCCCAGGGCAGAUGCGCAGGCCCCGCUCCGCGGCCCAGUGUGCGGAGCGCGUAGUUUUUAGGGUGA